AGAACGAGAGGGCGAGCGAGCGAGCGCGGCGUCCCCGGGCCGGCCUGGCCCCGUCUCCUCACCAUCGCCGGCCCUCCGCCGCCUUUCUCCGCUUCCACCUUCCUUCCUCUCCCCCCCAAGUUGAGGCCCCCUGGGGGGGGGAGGACCGGGACCGGGACCCGGACCGGGAGUGAAUUCCCCGAACUCCUCCAGCCUCUGCCCCUCCUGAGGAGGAGAAGGCCGGGCCCGCGUCGUGUGUGAGGAGCACCGGGCCGGCCCGCGGGCCGCCUGGGGCCUGGUGCGGCCCGCCGGCUGCGUGUGCGCGGAGAGCGGCCCGGCCGAGGGCGAGCCGAGCGGCGCGGAGGGGAGGGGCCUGGUCCGGCCCGGCCGGUGCGUGAGGACUGGGCCCCGGCCCGGCCGCCGCCGCCGCCGCGAUGGCCCAGCAGCAGAUGACCAGCUCGCAGAAGGCCCUGAUGCUGGAGCUGAAGUCCCUGCAGGAGGAGCCGGUGGAGGGCUUCCGGAUCACCCUGGUGGACGAGUCCGACUUCUGCAACUGGGAGGCUGCCAUCUUCGGACCCCCCAACACCCUCUAUGAAGGAGGCUACUUCAAGGCGCAUAUUAAAUUUCCUAUUGACUACCCAUAUUCACCACCUACCUUCAGAUUCUUGACCAAAAUGUGGCACCCGAACAUUUAUGAGAAUGGAGAUGUAUGCAUUUCAAUUCUUCAUCCACCCGUAGAUGAUCCACAGAGUGGUGAACUGCCCUCCGAAAGGUGGAAUCCUACUCAGAAUGUCAGGACUAUCCUGUUAAGUGUAAUCUCAUUGCUUAAUGAGCCCAACACCUUCUCCCCAGCCAAUGUGGAUGCUUCAGUUAUGUUCAGGAAAUGGAGGGACAGUAAAGGAAAAGACAAAGAAUAUGCUGAAAUCAUUAGAAAACAGGUUUCAGCCACUAAAGCCGAAGCAGAAAAGGAUGGAGUGAAAGUCCCCACGACCCUGGCGGAAUAUUGCAUCAAAACUAAAGUGCCUUCCAAUGACAACAGCUCAGAUUUGCUUUAUGACGACUUGUACGACGAUGACAUUGAUGAUGAAGAUGAGGAGGAGGAAGAUGCCGACUGUUAUGACGACGACGAUUCUGGGAAUGAGGAGUCGUGACCUGCUCCUUCGAAGCCCCUGUACUGCCCUGCCAUCUCAGGCCAAAGGGAGGGGAGCAAGUGGGGACCUAGCAGUGGCCCCUCAGCAAAAACCUAUCACAGGGGGUGGGGAAAACAAACACACGGCUCCUGCCGACUCCCCUGGUGGAUCUCAGUUCGCUCCUUCUAUGGACCUCUUAAUGAAGAGAAGGUAAUCCUCCACAGAAUGUCCGAAUUCUUGCAUUCUCUACCCUUCCAUCACUGUAUUGAUUUUCCCCCCUUUAAACCCAAACCCCUGCCUCACUUCGUCUCUACAAAGUGUUCACAGCAAAACACGUUUGGUCUGUUUUUAGAUUCUUGAAGAAUUAAAUAGUCUUUCAUCAAGAUGUUUAAUGUGUUUAAAGCUGGGAACCCAUUGGGAGUUCACAAGUGCUGCAUAUGCUGGGUAGGAAGAGAAAAUGGAAACAACCCCCCAAAAUCCCACAAGACAAACUUCAAAAUUUUUGCCAAGGUUUAGCGGCUCCAUUUACAUUAGUGUGUGCACAUUUGUUCCGCCCCAUGUUGGUGAAUUUUGUUUCUUUCCAGUUCUUAAGUCUGGGUACGGCGGGCAUCAGGGACUCUGUGCUAAGACUGAUGAAAUGUGUUCCUAAGGGCACCUCGCCCCUUCAGCCUCCAGGAAAUCAUCCUAACACAGAGGUCUCAGCUGUUCUGAGGAAAGAAAUCAGAGUUUGGUUUUUGAAAUUGAUUGGGAUCUAAAGCCUGAAAUAAAUAUUCAUACUUUACAUAGAA